GAGGGGCCGGAGCAGCCGCGGGGCCGGGCCGGACCUUCCCCGGGACCGGGCCUUCCCCUGUGCCCGCCGCAGGGCAUGGGCGCCGCGGCUCCGCGCUGCGCCGCGCCCCGGCCCCAUGAGUCCUCGCCGCAGCAAGUGAGUGGGGGAGGCGUCCGGGCGGGCGCCGGCGGCCCGGCCUCGGGAGGGAGGAUGUGGUGAGAGGAUGGGGCUGUGUCCCGCGGGGGCUCGCCAUGGCCAGGGAGGACUCGGUGAAGUGCCUGCGCUGCCUGCUCUACGCCCUCAACCUGCUCUUCUGGUUGAUGUCCAUCAGCAUAUUAGGUGUUUCUGCUUGGCUGAGAGACUACCUGAAUAAUGUUCUCACUUUAACUGCAGAAACAAGGGUGGAGGAGGCUGUCAUUUUGACUUACUUUCCUGUAGUCCACCCGGUUAUGAUUGCAGUCUGCUGUUUCCUCAUCAUAGUUGGAAUGCUGGGAUACUGUGGAACGGUGAAAAGAAAUCUGUUGCUCCUUGUCUGGUAUUUUGGAAGCUUGCUUGUAAUAUUCUGCGUUGAACUGGCCUGUGGUGUUUGGACCUACGAGCAGGAAAUAACGGUUCCAGUGCAGUGGUCUGAUAUGAUCACACUGAAAGCCAGGAUGACCAAUUAUGGCCUACCUAGGUACCAGUGGCUGACCCAUGCUUGGAAUUUCUUCCAGAGGGAGUUUAAGUGUUGUGGCGUGGUGUACUUCACAGACUGGCUGGAAAUGACAGAAUUGGACUGGCCACCUGACUCCUGUUGUGUCAAAGAGUUCCCAGGAUGCUCUAAGCAGGCACAUCAUGAGGAUCUCAGUGACCUUUAUCAGGAGGGAUGUGGUAAAAAAAUGUACACUUUUUUGAGGGGGACAAAGCAAUUGCAAGUUCUGAGAUUUCUAGGAAUCUCUAUUGGAGUAAUGCAGAUCCUGGCUAUGAUCCUCACUAUUACUUUGCUCUGGGCUCUCUACUAUGAUAGAAGGGAUCCCAGAGCAGAUCAGAUCAUGGCACUGAAGAGUGAUACCUCCCAGGAACUGUCAUGUCAUUCCAUGGAGCUGCUGAAACCAAGCCUGACCAGGAUCUUUGAACAUACAUCCAUGGCAAACAGCUUUAAUACACACUUUGAAAUGGAAGAGCUGUAAGUGAUGCAAUGAAUCUGCGAAGUCACAGAGGAUUUUUUUGUUUUGUUGUUAUUUUUGUUCUGGUCCAUCAAAUAUGCCAAAUACACCAGUCUUCAUAUGUGUCAGAAACCAGCUAAUGAAUGGAAGUGAAGGAGACCAGCAAAGAAAGAUGAGCCUAUUGUCAGCCUCUCAGCCGUGUCCUCAGCUGUGAAAAAUUUUGUGUGUUUGUUUUUUAAAAGGCACUCAUUCAGUUGGGCACAGAAAUACUCAUUGUCAUAAGCUGUGUGAAGUGUAAAACACUGACUCAGUAGACUGGACCUGUAAGGAAGCAUCAUGGGAAGGGAAGAGAAAUACUCAUCUUCUGAAGAAGCAACUGUGCUUUGAGCAAACAAAAUGUGACUUCAGCUGAAAUUGACUUUUAAUAAGCCAUUUGGAAAAUGUCUUAAUCAGGGAUCUAUGUAUGUAUAAUUGUGUGUUUUCAUGUGUGCAUGGAAAGCAGAGCUACAAUUCAAGUUAAUACUUGGAUUUAAAAAUUUGCAAGAUUUUUAAAUCUUAAAAAGGGUGAGAUUUUCUUUUUUUCUAACAAAACCUUUAUCUUAGCUUUUGUUCUUAAAGAUGUUCUAAGACUUCUAUUUUUAUCUAACAUAAUGAUUUUUA